CGUUUCUUCCCCUCUCUCUCUUUCUUGUUUCAAAAUUGAAAAAUCCACUUUCCUAGAGAGAGAGUGAGAGAGAUUGUCACUGUUCUCCCGGUCACCGGAAAUUGAUUUAGGUUCGGAUGGCUAUUACUGACGGUCAGAAUCCGAGUGCGGAGAAGAAGAAGAAGAAUCUCUUGAGGCUAUUCCCUUUCUGGCAGAGGAGAAGCAUCACCUCCUCUUCUUCUCCGUCGUCAACUCAGAACCCUGGCCGCCAUCGACAUAAUCGGAAUACGGAUGUCUCCAAACCGGAGUCCUCGGCCUUGACUGUCUCUUCCGUCGCGAGAUCAAUUCUUCCGGCUCGCCGUCGUCUCCGUCUAGAUCCUUCCAGCUAUCUCUAUUUUCCUUAUGAGCCUGGUAAACAAGUGAGAAGCGCAAUCAAGCUAAAGAACACUAGCAAGUCUCAUACUGCAUUCAAGUUCCAAACAACUGCACCCAAGAGUUGUUACAUGCGUCCACCUGGUGGUGUUUUGGCUCCAGGAGAGAGCGUCUUUGCUACUGUGUUUAAGUUCGUGGAACACCCAGAAAACAAUGAGAAACCGCAGUUAAACCAGAAGAGCAAGGCUAAGUUUAAGAUUAUGAGCCUCAAAGUCAAACCUGGAGUUGAGUUUGUCCCUGAGUUGUUUGAUGAGCAAAAGGAUCAAGUCACCGUGGAGAGGGUUCUUCGGGUCAUUUUUCUUGAUGCAGAACGCCCAAGUGCUGCACUGGAGAAACUGAAACGUCAAUUGGAUGAAGCUGAAGCUGCGGUUGAAGAAAGAAAGAAGCCUCUACCGGAGACAGGGCCUCGCGUGGUCGGGGAGGGUCUUGUGAUAGACGAAUGGAAGGAGAGAAGAGAAAAGUACCUUGCUAGACAACAAGUCGAAGCUAUUGAUUCUUCUUCCUAAACUGCUUCAUCAUCUUUUGCAGCUGUACAUAAUUGUAUCCGUCUAUUUUAUGUGUGUUAUAAUGUCUAGAGUGGCUACUCUCUGGUUUUUUGUAUGUCUCUGCUUCUUGUGUGAUUCACGCCGGUUUUUUCACUCUUCAUCAAGUUUUGUUUCGGUUUAAACGAAUUCAUUAAUCGAUCUAGAAUCGGACCAAAGUAGUUCAGUUUUUCGAGUUGUGCUUUCUGACUUCUGUGGUAUCACACUACUGAUUCUCUUGUAUAAUUUAUCCGUUUACAAAUGUAGAUUUGUUAAUCCUUUUUGAUAGAGUAUCUG